GCUGUCGGGCACCUCCUUUCAGUCUGGACGCGCUGAAAUCUGGGAGCACAAAAACCUUUCCUACAUUUGCUCAGAGGCACCUGAGUGGAGCGGAAUCUGUGGUAUUGAUUCGGUGGUUGGCGACAGUCACCUCACGCGAGGCAUGGCGUACAGGUCAGCUCCAUGACCAGCUGCGGGCUGGACUUUUCGUUUCAAUGGACGAGAUGAGAAAAGUCUUUUCACGCGGGGGACGCUUCCUGAGCCUGGAUGAGCGCCAUAGAGCCGAGUACUUCAACAAAGCAUACCACGCCGCGCUGAACAGCUACUAG